UCAGCUGUUUUCUGUCGUUUCUGUCUACCCAGUCUUUCUGUACAUCGAACUUUUGACACGUAACCUUUCGCACGAAUUGUUAAUUAAUCUGUGAUUAGUGUUUAAAUAAUAAUAUAUUUAUAAAUAUUACGGGUUAAGUGACAAAUUUUACAAAGCUUCAAAAUGCACGGUCGUGUGAAGGUUCGAACAACAGCCGAACAGGAGGCAUUAAAAAAGAUAGAAAGAGCAAAGAAGACAGCUCAGUACAAAAUGGCUAUGAAAAUUAUAUUCCAAAAAAGAGCAGACAAAUUGUGGGACGAUGAGUUACUGGAGGUGACUGAACGGGUAGUUUUGCAAAAUCCUGAUAUAAAUACGCUUUGGAAUAUAAGACGAGACGCGUUUAACAAAAACGAUUGGACACAAGAAGAACGCACAGAAAGAAUGAAAAGAGAAUUAACGCUGACGGAGAAUUGCCUCAGGGAAAAUCCAAAAUCCUACGGAGUCUGGCAUCACAGGUGUUGGAUAAUUGAUCAUAUGCCAGAACCGGACUGGAAAAUGGAACUAGCUUUAUGCGCAAAAUGCUUGAAUCUAGAUGAGAGAAAUUUUCACUGUUGGGACUAUAGACAAUAUCUCGUGAAGAAAGCUGGAAUCUCCGAUACUGAAGAAUUUGACUUCUCGACGACAAAAAUAUUGAAUAAUUUCUCUAAUUAUUCAUCGUGGCACUACAGGAGCAAAAUUUUGUCAAAAAUGUUUCCCGAUGAAACCGGAAACUUGCCAAUCAAAGCUGACAAACACAAAGAAGAAUUGGAUUUCGUAAUGAAUGCGACGUUUACCGACCCGAACGAUUCGAGCGCAUGGUUUUAUCAGCGUUGGUUAUUGGAUUGUUCGAGAACGAAAUCAAACUCGGUAUGGCGAGCCCGCGUAACGUCAACGAAAUCGACGAUAGUGUUUUGCAACGACGUUAAAAUUGAGCGAGAAAAAAUAGCGUUACUCAAUAAUGGAAAAGCGGUGGAAUCGAUGCUUUGGGAAUCUCCGAACAAUCGAGAAUAUUCGAAAACUUGGACUGGGACUUUGGUCGAUCAAUCGAUCGAUCUGAUGGCUGCUGAAAGUAUCGCAAUUGAGUUUGAAAAUAACGUUUAUGAUUUCCGGCGUAGCUUAAACAAGGAUUAUUGGUUUUAUAAUACGAAAUAUUUAACGAACGAAAUCCACGACAAAUCGCAGUUGAAGGAACAAAUGGAGAAUUACAAGCAACUGAGCGAAAUGGAACCAAACAACAAAUGGUCCCUUCUUACUGGCAUUUAUCUCAUGAAAAACUACGAUCUCAAAGAAUACAAUGCGAAGAUCCUUCAAGAUCUCAGUGCCUUAACGAAGGUCGAUGCGUUACGAUCGAAUUAUUACAACGACAUGCGUAGCAAAUGCAUAAUGGAAUACAAAUUGCACAAUACAUGGCAGAAUGAGAACGAAGAUGAGCUGACCAAAUCGAUAGAUUUGUCGGAUCUGGGUCUCACAGUACUUUACGACGAGCACCAUUUGUGCUUCUACGAAGAUAUAAAUCUCGAUGGAAAUGACUUGAGUAAUUCUCUCCAUCGACUGGUUGUGCUGCAAGAAUGUACCAAAUUAUCAUUGUCGAGUAAUAAUCUCUGUUCUCUGAAGAGAAUGCCAGUGCUGCCCAACUUGAAGUGGUUGUCAUUGCGUCACAACGAGCUGUCGGAUAUCAAUGAAAUCCUUGAAUUUGUUAGACGUCAUGAGAAACUUGAGAAACUCGAUUUACGCGAUAAUCCAAUUGCUCUAUUAGACGCUGUCACUGCUAAAAUUUCCAGCAUAUCUUCAAUAUUGGAAUUAAUGAUUGAUUGAUGGAAGAUGUAUUUUUACGCUUAAUAUACUAAGAAAUUAUUGUAUGGGA